GAAGGAAAGCUAAAUUGAUAUCAACUCUCCGUCCAUCGGCGGCGGUGGCGGCGGGACGACUGCUGUUCUUUUUGAUUUCACCCUCGAGAUCGUACACACUCUUGCCAUGUCACCCGCAGUCGAAGAUUUUCUAUCCCCAGCAUCAUCAUCCACACAGCGUACGUAUUUCCAAAACCCUAACCCUAGCGUUCAGAAAUAUCCUAGUGAUUCAGGUGUAUUUGAUGAUGGUUUCAAUCUCAUGAAAUCAAGUAAACUUGAUUGUUCAAAUGACGUGGCGGCAGCGGCGGCCCCUGUGCGUUCUUCGAGGAGGAAGCAUGUGAAGGCGAGGAAACAAUCGAGCUGUAGCGAUGCAGCGAGUACAAAACCUACAGGUCGUACUAUUGGUUUCGUGUUCAAUGCGACUACUAGUGGUUCGGUGUUGAAUUCGAGUCUAGGGCAAACGGGAAGUGGCGGUAGUGGUGAACAACAGAGUGCUGGUGAGUUUUUGGAUUUUAAUCUAUUGCGCUUUAAUAUUGGAGCCACUGAUGAUAGUAGAUUAGCAAAAAACAUGGAUUCAGAAGAGGCACAUACCGAUGGAAAUAAGUUCCCGGAUGGUAAUUUAAAAUUUGUUUUYGGUGCUGAUGAAAAGGUGGACUCUAGAAAAGUUAGUGAAAGAGGUGCUAAUAAGUUUGGAAAACUUAAUCGUGUGGAUUUUGUGUUUGGUGCGAAUAUGAAUAAUGGCGUAAUGAACUCGAAUUCAAGCAAUGUUGGCAAUGUUGGGCAUGAAUACGGGCCUGAUGAAACAGUGGGAAGAUCAGGUAUUGAUGGGUUUACGAAGGUUAAUAGCAAUACAAGUAAGGCUGAUUCCAGUCUGGUUAAUUCAAUGGCAGGCUUGAAUUUGGGAACAAGAGGACCAGGUGAAGUUAGAUCCUUUAUGGAUGAUAACCCCAAGGCAGAGGAGAAAAAUACAUCAGAUAGCAGAAAAUUUGAAAAUGUGGAUUUUGUGUUUUCUGUCAAUCAUAGAGAUUUUGUGAUAGAUUCAAAUUUCCAAAAAGAAGAAUCCAGCUUCAAGGGAAAUAGGAGAAUCAAUGAUGAAAUGAACAGUUUGAAGAGUAAAGGCACAGGGAGCUGUGAUUACUUGAAGAAGCUUGACAAUAAUAUAAAUKCUGUUCCUGAUAGUAAUAUUCGUUUUGUUUUUGGAAGUAAUUUAGGCAAUGCUUUUGCUGACAACCCUCUAUCCAAAGUCUCUGAUGAGAUGAAGACAUCAAAUAUCGAUGUCCCGAGUGAACCAGUAAAUCAAAAUGAGAAGAGUUCAGAUGGCGGUCAUUGUUAUAGUAAUCAACUAAAGACUGAGGCUGAAUUGAUUAAAGACACGUUCCCAUCUUCAUCCUCAUCCUCAACAACAGGCCUUGGUUUUGUUCCCAAAGCCCAUUAUUCUGAAGCCCCACUGGCCAGUGGAGCUGGAAUAACCAACAACUUCAGCAUUGCAAGUAAAGUUGGUGGAUUUGGGGAUUCAUUUACAGGCUUUAAGACACCCGAUAUAAAUGUGGCAUGUUCUUUCACAUCRGAUAUGUUUCCCGGUUUAGGCAAGAAGUUAGAAUUUAGUAAAAGCAAUUCUGUUAGCCAAAGAAAGUCAAAAAAGACCAAAGGAAAACUGAGGCCACAAGCUAGAAAUUAUCAGCAGGGUGGUUAUACUAGUUUAUCCAAAGACGUCCCAGAGUCAUUUGAAGAGUCUCCUGGAUGUAGCUCACCAAUGGAUUUCUCUCCUUAUUCAGCUACUGACUGUGCACCAACUUCUACUGACCCUCCAACCUCUCAGGUUAAAAAUGAAGAUGCUGUUGAUACUACAGAGAAGUUCAGUGCRAAAAAGAAUUCAUCUUCUGCUAAURUUGAUGCAGCAGUGAGACAGCGCCCCCAUCAGAAGAAGAAAUAUAAGAUGAAAACUGGUUGUGGUUUGGAAUUUACAACUCCAAAUAGCAGAGUUGAUGCAUCUCUUGCACAUGAACCUACUAGUCAGGAACAUACAAAGGCUACAGAUCAGGAAAUAUGUGACAAAUGGCGAAAAAGGGGAAACCAGGCUUACAAAAAUGGAGAGCUAUCAGAAGCAGAAAUUUGUUACUCAAAGGGGAUUGGUUCRAUACAACAUACUGAGACACCUGGAUUUUGUAUAGAACCUCUUCUUUUGUGCUAUAGCAAUCGUGCAGCUACACGCAUGGCUCUUGGAAGGAUGAGGGAAGGCCUAAAGGACUGUAGAAUGGCAUCUGCAUUAGACCCCAAAUUUUUGAAGGCCAACUUGAGAUCUGCAAAUUGUCAUUUACUUCUAGGAGAGGUGGAGGAUGCAUUCUACAAUUAUAACAAGUGCUUGGAGUCUGUGGACAAUGUUUGCUUGGAUAGGAGAAUUGCAAUUGAAGCUGCUGAUGGCCUGCAGAAGGCACAGAAAGUUGAUGAUUAUAUGAAGUGCGCUGCAGAGCUUCUGGAACAGAAAACUUAUGACUCAGCAACUAAUGCAUUGAGAAUUAUUGAUGAUGCUUUGUUAAUAAGCUGCUAUUCAGAGAAAUUACUUCAUAUGAAGGGAGAGGCUCUUCUUAUGUUGGAGAAGCAUGAAGAGGUGGUUCAACUGUGUGAGCAAACUCUAGGUUUAGCUGAAAAGAAUUUUGCAACUGGAGGUGUUGUAGGUCACAUGAACGUGGAUGGCUAUGACUGCAAGAACUCAUUAAAGCUUUGGAGGUGGAACCUGAUGUCCAAGUCCUACUUUCAUCUGGGCAGGCUUGAGAUAGCUCUAGACUUAAUUGAGAAACACGUGCAACUGAGACCGACCACAGACAAGAUUGUGGGACCUGAGGAAUCAUUAGUUUCUCUGGCUGUUGCCAUACGUGAACUUUUACACUGCAAGAAUGCAGGAAAUGAAGCCUUUCAGAGCGGUAAACACACAGAAGCAGUGGAGCAUUAUACUGCUGCAAUAUCAAAGAGUAUUGAAUCACGUUCAUUUGCAGCUGUGUGUUUUUGCAAUCGUGCUGCUGCACACCAAUCCUUGGGCGGAAUYGUUGAUGCCAUUGGAGAUUGCAGUAUAGCUAUAGCUCUUGACGGAAGUUACCCGAAGGCACUUUCAAGAAGGGCUACCUUACAGGAGAUGAUUAGAGACUACAAGCAUGCAGCUGAUGAUCUUCAGAGACUCAUCUCCAUACUUGAAAUACAGUCAGGGAAGAAUUCUCAGAGGUCUGCCACGCCAGGGAGUGCAACUGGAGGCAGUGUGAAAGAUCUAAGAAGAGCUCGCCGCCGUCUUUCUUCUAUAGAAGAAAAGGCAAAGAAGGAAAGAUCCUUAGACCUUUACCUUAUUCUGGGAAUAAAAUCUUCAGAUACUGCAUCGGAAGUUAAGAAGGCUUAUCGUAAAGCAGCUCUCAGACAUCAUCCAGACAAGGCUGGUCAGAUCGUUGCAAGAGCUGAAAGUGGAAGUGAUGGGCAACAAUGGAAAGUGAUUGCUGAAUCGAUUCAAAUGGAUGCUGACAGACUUUUUAAGAUGAUUGGAGAGGCAUAUGCUGUGCUCUCAGAUUCCACGAAGAGGUCCAAGUAUGACCUCGAAGAGGAAAUGUGGGAAGAAAUGAACAUCAACGUCAGCAGCAGCAGAAGAGCAUCCGGCUUUUACAACUCUCCAUAUGAGACUACCAACCRCAGGACCCCACAGGAAUCAAGAAAGACCUACAGUAACUCCCACUAUUACUAUUGGCAGGAUCCGAAUAAAACUUACCAUAGCUCCUAUCCCCGUUGGUAAAUCCUUCACAAACACCCACAAAAUUUCUUUCACGGUUUACUGACAACAGGAUUAACGAGUUCCAGGUGAAGCUGGUUUGAUUAUAAACGAUGAUUCUGCUGGUCACGAAGCAUCUGGAAACGAUCAUCCUUUUAUCUAGGACUGAAGUUACAUGAGGAAUAAGUUAGAGGUCCUGGAGUUGCAUACAUAUACAUACAAGGUGAAAUAGGGACUCGAGCAGGAAGAUAGAUCUUGUAYAGGGUCUUUCACCUCACCCAAUUUUUUAACAUUAGUUAUGUUUGUUUGUUCAUUGUUAUGAAUAGUUGCAUACAAUUACUGUCGUUAUUUAUAAUGUUACUAAAUCGCUUAUCGAAGCAACGGAGGUGUUGUACGAUUCAGAUACGAUGACUGAAUUUGUGACUUAAAGUUCUGUUGCUACCAGAGGCCUUUGGCGUAGCAGUACACAAGGUACCACUUCCAUCCUUGUAGUGUUCGAGUUCAAGUCUUGUUAUAUAAUUUUAGUGUAAGUUACUUCUUUUUUAUGUGCUUUUGUGAUUUUAAUGUAUUGGGUCCAUAAAGUGAACUUUUAUCGAAACAGGUCCUCGUGAUCAAAGUUUUAAUGAACGGAAAC